AUGAAGGUUUUAAAACCUUUAAUAACCAUCACUUUUAUCCAUCAAUUCCUGUACCUUCAAGUGACUGCUCAAGUUCUUCACUACAGCUUUCAAGAAGUUUUGUCAAAUGAUUACCGAUGUGACUUCCUCUUUGUGUCAUUAAAAGAAUCAUUCAAGAAUGCAACGGAACUGUCAACUCCACAUCUGCCUGACAAAACUGAUGAUGAUGUGCAGUCAGUUGAGUUUCGUCAUGGAGCUUUUAGUUUAAAAUUUCCAUCAAUGAUUUGUGACAAGUUCAAGAACCUUAAAUCCAUCAAUAUGGAAAGUGGAUUUGUGGGAAAAGUUGACGAGAAAGUGCUUGAAAACUGCACAAAUUUGGAAAAAUUUAGGAUGAAUUCCUUGUCGGAGGAUACAUUGCCGGAAAAUUUAUUCAAAAACACUACGAAAUUGAGGAUGCUUUAUAUUUUCAGCAUAAGCCUGAAAACAUUAUCUCGAGGAGUCUUAGCGACUGUCAAUCAGACAUUGACUGACUUAGAAUUAAGUAUCAGAUCAGAUUCUUUCACAUUCCCAUCGGACUUUCUUGUUCCUCUAUCAAAUCUUAGAAGUUUGGAAUUAACAAUCGGAAAAUUGACUAACUUACCGCCAACAUUCUUUGAAAAUUCUGAAAAAUUGGAAGUUCUUCGUAUGGUUGAGUGCAACAUUCAGGACCUUCCAAAAGACAUCUUUAAACCAUUAGUAAAUCUCCAAGAACUAGACUUAUCAAGAAAUAAUCUUAAAGUUGUCCAUUCAGACUCUUUUGGAUCCCAUCCAUCAUUAAUGACUGUCGACAUUUCAGGAUCUCCAACAUCAAUUGAUCCAAAGUUAUAUCAAUUGCCAAGUUUAUUGUAUGUUCGAAUGCCAAUAAGCUGUGGUAAAAGUAUUUUAGUUGAGGAUAAUUUAAAUGGAACUAAGAUAAAGAUGAAUAGUGAUAAAUGCACAGCAAGCUAUAAACCACGCUACUGA